AUGGGAGGUUGCGCUCGGACCAAGUCGGUCGAGGCGCUCACGCCGCUGCACGUGGCUGCCGCCUGGGGCUGUCGCCGCGGCCUGGAGCUGCUGCUGGGCCAUGGAGCGGACCCGACGCUGCGCGACCAGGACGGACUCGGGCCGCUGGACCUGGCGGAGCAGCAGGGGCACCAGGAUUGCGCACACGUCCUUCGGGAACUCCAGACUCGGACGAAGACAUCGACCCGGACCCGGGCAGAGGGCCAGGAGCCUGAGCCUGAGCCCGAGCCUGGCGGUGGCCCCUCUGGACUUCCCAAUGUGACGCUGGGCUUCAUAGCACUGGGCAGGAGUGAUGGCAGGGACAUAGGCCUGGAAGCUGGCCCCAGACUCCCCCACCACCUGGCCCACCCUGAGAUUGCUGACAAGGAUAGCAGCUUGGAGUACCCCCCAGGACAGUGGGACUACAGCUCAGAUGCCUCCUUUGUCACUGCGAUUGAAGCUUCUGGAACUGAAGACCCAGCCCCGCACACCUCCACCUGGGCUAGGUCAUCUCCCCAGACCAAGCAGAGACUCAUGCCUACUAUUCGACCUUCCCAGAGGACGCCAAGGUCCCCAGGUACCCCACAGCUGGUACAUCGAGCUGCUGCGGCAGACAGGGAGGCAGAACUAAAUACCUGUCUGCAGGCCCUGACUCUGACUUCGCCAGAUGCCUCCCCCUCCCCCCUAGCCCUCCCCGACCGGAGCCCUGCGCAGAGCCCCCCUCGGGAGCCACUGCCUGGACUCCCCCAUGUUCACUUCCUAAAAGACGAAGAGUUGUCCCCCGACAGUGAUGUGGCUGCCCUCUGGCUGACAGAGGAUGAGGCGAGCUCCACAGGGGGCAGGGACCCUGUCCCCUCUCGCUGGUGCCCUCCAGUUCCUGCCAUGACAGACCUGGAGAUACUUCGAGGGCUCCGAGCACUUGGCAAGAACCCUGGCCCCAUCACACCCUUCACUAGGACGUACCACCUCCGACGGCUGGAAGAAGCCCGUGCUGCUCCUGGCUCAGACUUUUCAGGGCACAGCCCAGAGCUGGCCGAAGCCCUGCGGACAGGCUGUAUCCCAGAUGCCCAGGCAGAUGAGGAUGUGCUUGCCCAGCAGUUUGAGCGGCCGGACCCCAAGAGAAGGUGGAGGGAGGGGGUCGUGAAGUCUAGCUUCACAUAUCUACUGCUGGACCCCAGGGAGACUCAGGACCUGCCAGCCCGAGCCUUCUCACUGACCCCAGCUGAACGCCUUCGGACUUUUGUCCAUGCCAUCUUCUAUGUGGGGAAAGGGACACGGGCCCGGCCAGAUGUCCACCUCUGGGAGGCCCUCAGCCACCGUCGACAGCCAAGAAAGCAGGCCUGCCCCAAAGUGCGCCAGAUCUUGGACAUCUGGGCCAGUGGUCGUGGUGUUGUCUCCCUGCAUUGCUUCCAACAUGUGGUUGCUGUGGAGGCUUAUACUCGAGAGGCGUGUCUUGUGGAUGCUCUAGGCAUCCAGACACUGACCAACCAGAGACAAGGACACUGCUAUGGAGUGGUGGCGAGCUGGCCACCCACCCGGCGACGCCGCUUGGGGGUGCAUCUACUGCACCGCGCCCUCCUUGUCUUCUUGGCCGAGGGUGAGCGAGAGCUGCGGCCCCAGGACAUCCAGGCCCGAGGCGGAGUACUGGGGACUUGA